AUGUAUCGAGCAGCGUACAGAAGGGCUUCCUCUCUUGUCUGCAGGUUACACUCUACCUAUGUCAGAAAAAUGAGAUACUUAAAUGAGCUAAAGGAAGAUGAUAGCCUCUGCAGACAAGCCCAGAGCUCGGGAACUUUCUAUCUUUUUCACAAUCUCUCUCCCUUCCUGCAGAGAGAUGGGAAGAAAUAUUUGGUACCACAGCUCAGCGCAGCAGAGACGAAAAAGAUCCUGGAGAAAUUCCAAGAGACUGAGCAGUGGAUAGAGAAGUCGGUGCUGAUCGGUUGUUCAGACGAGCACGUACCACACUUUGCCCUGGAUUUAGGAGCCUUGGAGAAAUCAGUCAUUGAGUCUGAACUGAAAGGAUCAUUUACUGACUUACGAAAGGCUCUCUUCGUAGUGGAUGGGAAGGAUUCUCCUUUGCUGGCUUCGGCCCAGGCCCUUCUCCGGUGGCACGAUUCCCACCAGUACUGUAGCAAAACUGGGCAGCCCACACAGAAGAACAUAGCUGGCAGCAAGCGUGCCUGCCAUGCCAGUGGAAUUACUUACUACCCACAGAUGUCUCCAGUGGUUAUCACCCUGGUGUCUGAUGGGAGCCAGUGCCUCCUUGCACGCCAGCCCUCGUUUCCCCCAGGAAUGUACACCGCUCUGUCAGGCUUCUGCGACGUGGGUGAAAAUGUGGAAGAGGCAGUCCGGCGAGAAGUGGCAGAAGAGGUGGGCCUGGAGGUGGAGUCACUCCAGUACUCAGCUUCUCAGCACUGGCCCUUCCCCAGCAGCUGCUUAAUGAUAGCGUGUCACGCCUUGGUGAGAGCACAGCGGGCUGAGAUCAGUAUGAACAGCCUGGAAUUAGAGGAAGCCCGUUGGUUUGGCCUGGAGGAAGUCGUGGAGGGUCUCAAGAGAGAGCCCAGAUCUUCAAAGCAAGACGACGGUAGUUUUAUACCCUGGUUCCCUCCCAAACAGGCCAUUGCUCACCAGCUGAUUCAUGAGUGGGUUAAGCAGCAGACUUCCCAGCCGGCUCACGCAUGA